AUGAUCGUCGGCGGCCCCAACGCGCGAACAGACUACCACAUAAACCCCACGCCCGAACUGUUCUACCAAUACCGGGGGUCCAUGCUACUCAAAACCGUCGACACGAGCACCUCGCCGCCGACCUUUGUCGACGUGCCCAUACACGAAGGCUCGAUGUUCUUGCUACCGGCCAGCACGCCGCAUAGUCCCGUGCGCUUCGGGGAUACGAUUGGCGUGGUGAUGGAGCAGCCGCGGCCGGAAGGCGCGGAGGAUGCGAUGAGGUGGUAUUGUUCUGCUGGCAGUAGCAAGGGCAAAGGAUGCGGUGAGGUGGUUUUUGAGAAGAGGUUUGUGUGCACGGAUUUGGGGACGCAGGUGAAGGCUGUGGUCGAGGAGUUUGCGGCCGAUGAGGAGAAGAGGACGUUUUUUGUGAGAUGA